UUUUAGUCAUACCUUCCCCCUUGUCCUUCCUACCUUCUCCAUAUAAACAUGCACCCUUCUGCAGAUUGUUUGUUUUACUUUUUGACCUGUGAGCCACCAUGGAGUUGUCUGUUCUCUGGGGUUUGUCUGUAGCACUGCUGAUAUGUCCUCUUUAUAUGGGUGUAGGUGUUCUGUGUGAUGUCACCUGUAAUGAGGAGAGAAUGGGCAUGGAAGGAGGUAGUUACACUCUCACUAAGAAGCUUGAGUAUGGCAGCAUUAUGAUAUACCACUGUCCAGAAGGGUACUAUCCAUAUCCUGCUUUAACUCGUUCGUGCCUGAAAAGCGGAACUUGGAAGCCACUGCCAAAAAGAAGACCUCCUCAACAGUGCAAAAUGAUCGAAUGCCCCAACCCCUUGGUUUUAGAAAGUGGUUCGGUCUUGCCUGUACAAUCGCAAUAUUUUGUCAACAAUAAGACCACGUAUGAGUGUUAUUCGGGAUACUCACUGCGCGGCUCAGCCUCCCGUGUGUGCCAAGCCAAUGGGAAGUGGAGUGGGGGCACACCCAUAUGCAGCCGUGACUCAGGAAGUGAAGAUCGCUGUGCUGACCCUGGGAUUCCAGCAGGUGCUAGGAGGUCUGGUUCCAGUUUUGGCAUUGACGACAUAUUGUCUUACCGCUGUGACGACAGCUUACAUUUGUUGGGGUCAAAGACACGUGUAUGUCAAGAGAGUGGCCAAUGGACUGGGACUGAGCCUAAAUGUUACUACAAGCACACGUAUGACACUGCGCUGGAGGUCACGGAGGCCUUCGGCAGUGCUAUCAGAGAGAGCCUUCAGAUGGCACUGCCCGUUGAUGACACUGAUCAGGAAGGAAAGAAGAUCACAAUAGAUAAAGGAGGAAAGCUUAACAUGUACAUUGCUAUGGACAUAUCUGACAGCAUUGCGGAGACAGACUUUAACAGUGCAAGAAAUGCUGUCAAGAAACUUAUCACAAAGGUUAGCUCCUUUUCAGUCAGCCCAAAUUACGAAAUAAUUUUCUUCGCCUCUGACGUAUUAGAGGUUGUCAACAUAAUAGAUUUUUCUGGAGAUAAAAGAAAACCACUUGAGCAAGUCUUGGCUGACUUGGACAACUUUAAAUAUGAUGCUAGAGAUAAUGUUGGGACCAAUCUCAACCUUGCAUUUAAAACCAUCCUGGAACGCAUGGCUAUCCAAAAACAACGAAAUGAAAUGCUAUUCAUGGAGAUCCACCAUGUCCUCAUCUUUUUCACAGAUGGUGCUUACAACAUGGGGGGUAGCCCUGAAAACACAAUGGCCAAAAUUAGGGAAACUGUGUACAUGAAUAACGAGACAAAACGGGAAAAAUAUCUUGAUGUUUAUGUUUUUGGUGUCGGAAGUGACAUUUUUGAUGAAGAUAUCAUGCCACUAGUGACAAAAAGGAACGGCGAGAGGCAUUAUUUUAAACUAAAGAAUGUUAUUGAUUUGGAAAAAACCUUUGAUGAUAUAAUUGAUGAAAGCCAGGUUGUGGGUAUUUGCGGACUCCAUAAAAACUAUGAUGACAAUACCCCAAACACCAUACGUCAAAGAUACCCCUGGAUGGCACGGAUUGACAACACACAUGAGGAAGGAAAAGCUAGUAAAUGCAUGGGGUCUCUGGUCACUCGCCGCUUCAUCUUGACUGCUGCUCACUGCUUCAAGUUCGAUGACAAGGCAGACAAUAUCCGUAUUACAAUGGGGGAAAAUCAAGUUAUAAAGGGAGCAUCACGUAUAAUAUUACAUCCUAAUUAUAAUAUCAACGGUAAAAAGAAUGACGGGAUAAACGAGUUCUAUGAUUACGACGUAGCUCUCAUCAAACUGAAGAAUGAUGUAGAUGUCUCUGUCCACAUAAGACCAAUUUGCAUCCCUUGCACAAAGGAAACAAGUGGCGCUUUAAAACUGGUAGGAGAGGCUAUCACCUGCAAGCAACAAGAACAGCUAUUGUUCAAAAAUCCAUUAGAAGAAGUCAGUUUCAUUUCAUAUGAUAAAAAGGAAAAAAUGGAUCAACGUAGCGAUGCCAAACUAAAGCUUCAGGAUCAGUUGAGGGACAAUUGUAUCGAAAUGGCUGUUACUGAGGUAGAAGGAAUAACACCACUUAAUCUAAAGGAUAUUGUGACUGAUAACUUCCUGUGCACGGGUGGGAAACAACCUACUAGAGAUAAUGUUGCCUGCAAAGGUGACUCCGGUGGAGCUGUGUUUAAGGACUAUGAUAAACACCGCACCAUCCAGGUUGGCGUGAUCAGCUGGGGAACCAAGGACCUGUGCCCUGGUGGUUACAGUGAUAUCAAACAGGAGUCUAGCGAAACGUCCAGAGAUUUCCACAUCAACCUCUUUAAAGUUGUGCCGUUUCUGAAGAAGUAUUUGGGGAAUGAUACAGACGAUUAUCAACCUCUUGAGUUUUUAGAGAAUUGAAGAGUUCCAUUCCAAAACACUCUAUUUUCAGAAAUGUUGGUUAAGUAUCUUUUCUGUUUAAAGAACAUAUACAAGAGAUUGGUGUGUUUUUUCACUCUAAUUAUGUAACGGGGUUAUUCAAUGACAGGUAUUUGUUUCAAAUCGAUCACUUGAUGGUUUCAUUUCAGAGAAACAAAUUAUCAUGGUUUUUUGGCAAAUUGUUUUUUUUACACAGUCAAAUGUAAACACAAGAACUGUACAAAUUAAACAUUUGUAACAUCAAUAUAAAAAUGAAAAAAAUAUUCAAAACAGUAAUAUGAGAUCUCUAUGUAAAACAUUUACAUUUGACAUUUAGUGGAUGCUCAUAUCCAUAGUGACUCAGUCAUCUUAAGAUAGCUAGGUGAGACAACCACAUAUCAUAGUCAAAUUGAGUAAACAAACAUUCCAUUCCAACUAAACAAUGGAUAUAUACUGUAGCUUUUUGCAAAACACCACAUUUUAAUACAUAUCUACAAUCUAUUAAUAAAAAAAAUCUGAUAACAGUAAUAUUUUACACACACACACACACACACACACACACACACACACACACACACACACACACACACACACACAC